GUCUCCCUGUGAUUGGCGAUGACACGUCUUCUUCCGAUGACACGUGUAUGUUUCUGUCUCUUGGGGGCCGCUGUGGUGUACGUCUACUGGGCAAUGGCACUGACAGCGGGAGGGCAUCAAGAGCUCGAGGCACCGGGGAGAUCGUCGGACCGGUCGUGCGAGAGGUCGUUGUCUGGACAAAGCGGCGGCGCGUGUAUCGCGGAAGACGAGCUGUGGCCCAAGCUGUGCACAGGGAUGGAGGCGAGCAGCCAGCCCGCGAGAGAUGGAGGGCAGGAGAAUGCUGCUGCUGCAGGGGGGACAGAAGUCGGUGCGGAGGAAGCUGCGGAGCGAGCUAUGGUGGUCCCCAGGAGGGCACUAGGGAAGACGGGGAUGGAGGUCUCGAUCCUCGGAUAUGGAGCCUCACCUCUAGGAGGAGUAUAUGGUGACGUCAACGAGAAGGAUGUCAUUCAGUCUGUCAGGGACGCCAUUGAAGCUGGCAUCAACUUUUUCGACGUUUCACCUUAUUAUGGAUUGGGAUCGGCAGAGAAACUGCUUGGGAAGGCUUUGCAAGGAAUCCCAAGGGAAAAGUUCAUCCUUUCGACCAAGGUUGGAAGGUAUGGCCUGGACGAGUUUGAUUUUAGCGCGGAACGCGUGACGCGAAGUGUGGAUGAGAGUCUCCAACGUCUUGGCCUUGACUACCUCGACAUUGUGCUUUGCCACGACAUCGAGUUCGGCUCAAUCCAUCAGGUUGUAAGUGAGACGAUCCCUGCGCUGCAGAGACUGAAGACAGCAGGGAAACUCCGUUUCAUUGGAGUGUCUGGUUUUCCUCUGAAGAUUUUCAAGUUGGUAUUGGAUGAACUUGAGCCUGGUACGCUGGACGUGGUGCUGUCGUACUGUCGCUGUGGUCUUAAUGACGAGUCUCUUGCAGACAUGCUACCAUACUUGGAAGAGAAAGGAGUGGGUGUAAUUUCUGCAUCGCCUUUGUCUAUGGGCCUCUUGACAGAUGUUGGUCCCCCCGCAUGGCACCCGGCACCUCAGGCUCUCAAGGUUGCCCACGAUGUGGACAUUGCCCAGAACAGGCUCUGCAUGUUGGGCGGGGUGGAUGCUUUCAGCAGCUGUCUAAUCCGGUGCAGUUCGAGGGCAGUCCAUGGCAGGCCAUGGCAGACCUUGCUGGGUAAGCAGUUUGACCAUCCACUUGGUUUGAAGAGCCUUUGUUUGGGGCGAACACCGAGGUGUAGAUACUGGGCAAGUGUCCAUUUGCGCAGAAUUUUGGUUAGGAUCUCCGAGGCCAUCGUAUGGUCAGGAAUGCACAAUGGGAGUAAUGUCCCGAGGGCUCGACAAGCUUUUCGAGCAGAGAUUUUGGCUCAGGAGAUUUCCGUGUCAUUUGCAAGUUGGAAACCUGGUCGUGACUGUUCUGUACGAAUUUGGACGGAAGAAGCAUUAAGUUGCAUGAAUAACUCCAAGUAUGAUAAUAAAGAGAUAUCUAUGAAUGAGGUUUUCGAGGUGAAGAGCAGAUUUCCAGACUUGGUUUUCUCACCAGUGGAUCGAAAUGUGGGUGAGAUUGUGCUAGUCUGUCCGAAAUUGUACUAUGAGGCGAUGGGGGAUUUGUUCGUGAGAAGCUCAUGAUAUGUAGCGAUCACUUAGAAUGAGUCAAGAAUUUGGAUAAAGGCAAGGACAGAGU